GAUUAGAUACCAGCUUCUUUUUCUUCUUUUAUUUUUCUGGGUUUAAUCUCAAAGCUUCCAAAAUCUUUCCCGAAUCCGAAUUCUGAUCAUUUUUCCACUUGGGUGCUCACAAAAACCAGAAUCCUGAACUGGGUUGCUCUUACUUUCACUCCAAGAUAUGAAAUUCAGGAGCUUGGAGGAGUUCUGGGCCUUCUACAUGAGCCAGCACUCGAAGCCAUCGACGCGGCGCUGGCAUUUUGCAGGAACCCUGGCUUCUCUCUCCUUCCUCCUCUACUCGUUGCUGUUUGAUUGGCGAUUUCUGGUUUGUGUGCCUCUCUCUGGGUACGGACUCGCGUGGUACAGCCAUUUUUUCGUGGAGGGGAAUAUUCCGGCGACGUUCGGGCAUCCGUUUUGGUCUCUGUUUUGCGACUACAAGAUGUUUGCUUUGAUGCUUUCUGGUAAUAUGGACAGAGAGAUUAAGAGGCUCGGAAAGAGGCCUAUCUAGCAUCUCUUUUGCCCUCUCUUUGGGAAAUUUUUCCCAGAGAGCUCCGAAGUGAUCUUCCCACUCUAGUUUUCUAUUAUGUUUGUUUUAGUCUUUGGACAGAAAUAAAAUGCGAGUGCAAAAGAAGAAAACGAGAGCGUGACAAUCACUACUGUAUCGUGUGAUCGUAUUCCAUUCUGCAUAUUGGACCUGUAUUUCUAUUUUUGAACAUGUUUAUUUACUUUUAAGCAUUAUUGAGAUAUAAAUGGAUUAGUUUUGUGGGAUUA